AUGACAGAAGGAGCAGAGAGAAUACACUUCGAAAACUCAAACGAAAUUGGCUGCUUUGCCAGACUCACGAAUACAUACUGUAUUUGUGCGAGUGGAGGAAGUGAGAACUUCUUCUCAUUCAUUGAAGAGAGAUUGGGCCAUCACAUCCCAGUAAUUCAUGGCUCUAUUUCGGAAACACGACUUGUCGGAAACUUAACUGCAGGAAAUAAGAAUGGGAUAUUGGUACCUAUGGAGACUACAGAUGAUGAACUCCAAGUCCUUAGGGACAGCUUGCCAGACUCUGUGAGAGUAAAGCGAGUAGAAGAAAGAUUAUCCGCUCUAGGCAACACUAUUGCAUGCAAUGACUACUUCGCAUUAAUUCACCCAGAGUUGGAUAAGGAAACAGAAGAAAUGAUAGUGGAUGUUUUGGGAGUUGAAGCAUUCAGAACCACUAUCGGGUCAAACGCCCUGGUUGGAUCUUACUGCACCUUCAACAAUAAGGGAGGAAUGGUCCACCCCAUGGUUUCUACCGGAGAAUUGGACGAGCUUAGCUCAUUGUUGCAGAUUCCAUUAUGUACAGGAACAGUAAACAGAGGAUCAGAUGUAAUUGGAGGAGGAUUAGUAGUAAAUGACUGGGCAGCUUUUUGUGGAAACGACACCACUACUACCGAACUAACUGUGAUUGACGCAAUCUUUAAGAUUAAGGAUAGUAUGACUGAAGAAAAUGAGUUCAGCUCAGACAUGAAGGGAGCCUUGAUUGACACCUUCUCUUAA